AAUCAGAAUUGUCUGUGAUUUUCCUCAAAUGAAUCCAGAGCUAUUGAAUGAGAAUCUCUGCUUAUCAGACCCGUGCAUCCUUUUCUCCUCUUAAAUAGUCCCGCAGGUGAUUCUGAGGCCCACACGGUCCACUUCCCUCCCUGCGCCCGGCCGGGCCCUGGCUCUGGAGGUGGUUGGAUUGGUCUAAGUGCUGCAGCCCCACCUCGCGUCUUCUCACCACUUCGCAGGAGGUAGGCGCCUGGGAUCCUGGAAGGCGGCCCGCCUCUGCAGUCCGGCCCAGCGGCUCCUGAGACGGGCGGACCUCACACCUGACCCCCGAGCGGCUAAUCCUGCCCAACCGUCCCACCCGCCACGUGCCCUCGGCGCUGGAACGCUGCGCCCCGGGAUCGGCCUCCUGGUCAGGGGGCGCCGGUGCGCAGGCGCGCGGGGCGGCCGUCGCAGCUACUUUCCUGCGCCGCUUCCGAGAGGGCGCCCUAGUCUCUACCUGGCCAGCAACGGCAGUGUUGGCGUCAGGGCGCGGUGGGGGCAAGACGGGUGACGGGCAGCUGGGCGGUGCCGGGCCGAGAAAGGCGCCUCACCUGGCGCCUCCCGCCUUCCUUUUCACCUCAGGUUGCAGAGAGCCGCCAGGGCAGGUGGAAGGGCCACGCCCCGCUCCCGCGAGGGGCACCGAGAGAUGCUGGGGGAGGGGCAGGGACCCCAACCCUAGACCAGGUAGGCGGCGGGCGAAGAUUGGUGAUACCUUCAGGUAAGAGGGAGCGGGGAGCGCCCCCUCGGCUUGGGGUGCCGGAGGUGUGCGGCGGAAGCCUUUCCGUGGGGCCCUCGCGCUGCAGGGCGGAGGCGGCAUUGCGUUGGCCUCAGUUCCUAGUCCUGGUUCCCGAGAAGCCCCUGAAGGCUUCGCAUAGGAAGUUUGCGUUGGAGUCGAACACCCCACAGGAACCCCAGUUAACGCCUCCCCAUGGCCAGGGGCAGAGUUCUUGACACCUGUAGCUUAAUCAACGCAGGUGGAGAUUGAGGGCUUGAAUCGCCCGGCCACGCGCAAGCCGCAGGACACCCUCUCGGUACUGCUUCUGCCUUAUUACCCUUAAAACAGGCGUCUCAGUUAUUUGUAUCCCACUGUUGGUUGUUUAAAAAAAAAAAAAAUCUCUUUUCAUGGGUUUGCCCUCUUUUCCUCAUGAGUUGCGUUUCUGUCUUCAGUCCUGUAGGACACAAUGUCUGAACAAGAGCGUAUACAGGAAUGUCUGCGGAAGGAAAUAAGAUCACUUCUCAUUUCCACCAAAGAUGGUUUGAGCCCACAGGAGUUGGAGAAGGAGUACCUUUUGAUGGUUGGCAACCAUCUACCACUCCGAAUCCUUGGGUAUCGGUCCACUAUGGAGCUGGUAUUGGACAUGCCUGAUGUUGUUAGUGUCUGCCAUGGUGCAGGUGGUACUGUAAUACUGAAAGCCAUUCCAGAUGAAUCUACCAAAGGAAUAGCAAGUUUAGUUGCAAAACAGAGGAGCAACCAUAAGGUUCGAAACUCCAUGCAUAAGGGAAGACCUAGUAUUUAUUCUGGACAAAGAUCUCAUCGGCGAGUACCUUACCGAGGAAGGGUUGCCCCUAUUCUUCCAGCUGUUGUGAAGAGUGAGUUGAAGGACCUGUUGGCGUUAUCUCCUGUUCUCCUUUCUGAUUUUGAAAAGGCAUUUGCCAAAAGAUUUGGACGAUCAUUCCAGUACAUGCAAUAUGGAUUUCUCUCUAUGUUUGAAGUGCUGAAUGCAGCUUCAGAUGUCAUUUCUGUAGAGCAGACCAGAGCAGGUUCUUUGUUGAUGCUAAAGAAGAAUGUAACAGAGGAAAAGCAGAGAGGAUGUCCAGCAGGUAAAAUUUUUACCCAGCCAUUUAGAAUGAAACAAGGGUCAUACUCCACAGGCUUUCCGGUAGCAAAGGCAUGCUUUUCACAACCCACUUCAAACAUGGAACCACAGAAGCAAAUAAUGAGCAUGGAAAAGACUUCCAAGUUAAAUGUAGUGGAGACUUCAAGGCUGAAUCACACUGAAAAAUUAAACCAGACCCGUGGAAAUGCCCAAGAAAAUGUGAAAAUAGGGGAAAACCCUCAGAAGCUUGAUAGGGAGCCAUGCACUUGCCAAAACUUGGAGGAGUUUCCGCUGAAUGCUGUGCCAAUGAUACUGGAUGAAAAGAAGAGUAGUCAGUGCCAGAGGGAGAAUCCUGCAACGCUGGAGAACACAUUCAAAUCAGUUAUUGCACAAAUUGGACCUGGAGGAACUAUCAGUUCAGAACUAAAACAUAAGAUAAAAUUUGUUGUAUCUAAGUUCCCAGAGGGUUUGUUUAUUUCUAAACUGCUUGGAGAGUAUGAGGUGAUUUUUAAAGAGCAACUAUCACCAAAAAAAUUAGGCUUCUUAAAUGUGACAGAACUUGUUGGAGCUCUUAGUGACAUUCUCCGUGUUGAGUUCAGGGAAGGACAGCAAGACUUACUAGUGUUUGAUGUGGAUAAGAAGCCUCUACCACCUGUUCAAUCAGAUAAGAAAAUAGAAGCCAAAGCUUGUGUCUCCAGUCCACCUAGAAAUUCAUUGUCUACUGUUGCUGUCAAAGAGACUGUAUGGAAUUGCCCUUCAAAAAAACAAAAAGAGCCACAACAGAAGAUUUGCAAGAAGCCUAAUGUGGUAGUAAAGCCUUUACAGCUGCAAGUAGAAACAAACAAAUCACAGCUCAACCUGGCAAUGGCAAAUCAUGACAUCCCGCCAGAUGCUGUGCCGGACAAGAAAUUAUGCAGACUCCCACCAUUAGACACCAGUUCCCUUGUAGGUGUCUUUGUGGAGUAUAUCAUCUCUCCCAGUCAAUUCUACAUCCGGAUCUAUAGCAGGGAUUCGUCAGAGUUACUCGAAGACAUGAUGAUUGAAAUGCGGCGCUGUUAUUCUAAUCAGCUGGUUUCUGAUCGAUAUGUCAUGCCAGAAUGUUUUAUUCAGCCGGGACAUCUCUGUUGUGUGAGGAUUUCUGAGGAUAAGUGGUGGUAUCGGGUCAUUAUCCAUCGAGUCCUUGGGAAACAGGAAGUUGAAGUGUUCUACCCAGACUUUGGAAAUAUUGGAAUUGUUCAGAAGUCCUCCCUGAGGUUCCUCAAGUGCUGCUACACAAAGCUUCCAGCUCAGGCUAUCCCUUGUUCUUUGGCUUGGGUGAGACCAGUAGAGGAACACUGGACAUCGAAAGCUAUUUUGCAGUUCCAGAAGUUGUGCGGUUUGAAGCCAUUAGUGGGGGUAGUGGAUGAAUAUGUAGAUGGAAUCCUUAACAUUUUUUUGUGUGACACAUCCUCAAACGAAGAUAUCUAUUUCCAUCAUGUCUUGAGAACAGAGGGCCAUGCUAUUGUAUGCCGAGAAAAUAUCUCUUCUAAGGGUUUCAGUGAGCUCAACCCUUUAGCUUUAUACACGAGAUCCAGUGGAGGGCCAGAGGACAUUGUCUUGACAGAACUGGGUUAUCCUUCCCAGCAGCACUAUUUUAAUGAAGACCGAAAGAUAAGUCCACAGUCAAAAGAGAGUGAGUUACAUAUCCUGCAAGAUAUUAAUGAUGAAAAGUGUUUAAGUCAUCUUGAAUCUGAGUCAAAGGAGCCAUUAAAGGAUUCUGAAUUUGAUUCUUUGAAAACCUGUAAUAAGAGCUUUGAAGAAGAUCCAAAGUGGUCCAACCCAGAGCCAAAUGAUCUGAAGGAAGAAAAUGAGGAUGAGAUCCCCACUGGAAUGCCAUGCCUGGAGUCAGUGACCAUAGGUGAUGAUAUUUGGGAUGAGAACUGGUUACCUCUACAGGCUAAGAUGGGAAAAGGAGGUGAUGCUGCCUCCCAUCUAUUUACUGCAAGUGUUGAUGGAAAGAAUCAGUAUUCAUCAUGUAAAGAAAUGCCACAGAAGGACUGGUGUUUUUCUAUCCCCAAAGAUACAUGGGAUGAUUCUUGGCAGCCUUCAGGCCUUGUAAAUGGAACGAAAGUAGAAGUUCAUAAACCAGAAGUACUGGGUGCUCAGCAAAAAAAUACUGGCACAAACAGGACUCAAAAGCAACUAGACAUAAAUGGUUCUUCAGAUUCUUCCACACUGCCCAAAUUGGAAGAAUUCUAUACCUCUCUCACCCAGUCAGAGGACCAGAGCCGGUCUGAACCCAACAACAGUCAGACUCAGCCAAAGCAAAUUCAGCUUUCCACAGCAGUACCCCAUUCAACUCCUGCAGUGGAUGAUUCUGCAGAAAAGCCUUCUGGUUCUGUGGAAAGCUCACCAGAGAUCCUAAAGAAUGAAGAUUUUUCUAGCAGCCGUGCUGUUACAGUGUACAAAGACAAGAGCCAAGAAUCCAUGGACCAGCUGUCUUUGAUUUUGUCUUAUGAGUGCCAGAUUUCUCAGAAGCUCUACAUUCCUCGAAGUACAGCCACUGCUGCCUUAGGUGCUGCCGCACGGUUAGCUACAUCCAGGAGCCUCCUACACUGGUACCCCAGUGUGAAAAGGAUGGAAGCAUGAGGGAGGGGAGGGAGGGAGAAAAACAGAAUCCAGCCACUUAGGCCUUGAUGAACUCCCAGGCCAAAAUGAGGAGGUAUUGAAGCAAAAUCGUAUCUCGAUUGUUGAUACUUUUGUCUUUCUGUGGCUAUAUGUUAGCUUUAUUAUGCUAACAGUCUACUUUGAUGUGUAAGUAUUGAUAUUUACUGUUAAUCUUGAUUUUUCUUGAUUUUAUUUUAUUCUGUGUUGUUUUGUUCACCUUUGUUUUUAAUGUAGUUUAAAGGAAUUUGUUUUUUGUGUGUGUUUGUUUUUCUUGUACAUUAUCAUGACUGAUAAAUGAAAAUUGAAAAACUAA